AUGCGCCUUGCUCGCCUCUCCCCGCUACCGCUGGUUCUUCCUUUGCUGUGCGUCGUGGCUGGUGUAGCGAGCACAGCAAGCAAGCUGAUUAUUGUCACGGGGGCAAACUCAGGCAUCGGGAAGGAAUGCUGUCGGCAUCUCGCGGCGCUCGGAGGUUACAGGGUCAUGAUGGCCUGCCGGAACGUGACCGCGGGCCACGAAGCCGCCAACGACAUCCUCCGGCAGCACCCGGACGCCUGCGUCGAGUGUCACCCUCUGGACCUGGCCUCCUUCUCUUCCGUGCGGUCCUUCGCCAAGAGUGCCGUCGGGGGGCGGGCCGUGUCGGCGGUGAUACACAACGCGGGCGUGAUGGCCGUGCCCUACCGGACCACCGUCGACGGGCACGAGCUGACUUUCCAGGUGAAUCACUUGGCUCAGUUCUUCCUGACGGAGCUGUUGCUUCCGAACCUGAGGAGGGCCUACAGGGACACGGGCGAGCUGUCGCGAGUGGUUAUCGUCGCGAGCGGCGCGCACAGAUGGGCCUCCACCAACAACCAGGGCGCGGCGGGCGGGCUAGCCAGAGGCGCGGGUGCUGCCCAGCACGAGGUCGGGGCGGGGGGGAUAUCGUACGCCACAGAGAUGUCCCGGGGCUGGGGAAAGUGGCAGGCCUACGCCGGGAGCAAGCUUUGCAACGUCUUGUACGCGGCGGAGCUGACGAGGCGUUACGGCGGGGAGGAUAGCGGGGUGGUUGGGGUGGCGGUGAGGCCCGGGACGGUGCGGACGGCCAUCGCAAGGCAUAGCCCUCUCCUGAGGUUCAUUUUCACCCUGGUGCAGCCGUUCCUGACUUCGGUUGAGAAGGCCGGGGAGGUGGUGUCGAACGCGGCGGUUGAUCCCUACGUCGCCGCCGGCGCGUACUACGACAAGGAUGUCCGCACGCCGGCCAGCGCGGCGGGGCAGGACAUGGAGCUACAGGCCGCGCUGUGGGCGGUUACCAUGAAUAUCCUCGUGUCCGGGGGGGAUCUCCAGCGGGCCGUUGAUUUGGGAUGAUUUUGAACAGUUUUGGAUUCGAUUUUUUUAGGUUAAUGUCGUAUUGUAGGUGUGUCGCUCGCUGCAAAGGGCGCGUCAUUUUUUUGCGCGUGAUGUUGCCUGUUGCCGGUUGGCUCGGUUUUGGGCGUGGGUCCCGGGGUUUGAUUCGAACGGGUGUCGCCAAGUUUUACGUGGGAAGCCCAGGGAGUGGGCGCGUUCUGUCCGUGCCCAAGAGCGUACUUUCGGGUGGAGCGUCCAAGUCUCCGGAUUCCGUCUAUCGCCGUGGUUCUCGACUCGCAGCAGGUGCCCAUUUACCGACAGUGGACGAGGCAGUACGAAAGCUGGAACGAGACAGAGAUUAAACAUAUAAAUGGUUACGCUACCAUCCGUCCGCUGUCCAAACAGCGAGUGGGCGAUCUUUCAAGCUGCAUGCCACCGAGCGAAGCGUUGGCGUCGGCUCACCCCCGCCCCCAUGCUGCUCCAGAAAAAUGG